AUUUUUGUGCAUGAUUUAAUACCCUUUACUAUGUCACAUGCCUGUCAAGAUCAAAGAAUAAAACAAAACUGUGUUUAUGGUAUUCAAAUUGACAACGACAUUAAAAAAAUAUUUGGAGUAUUGUCUAUGUUUUCUGACCACCAUGGCGAGUACAUCGAGAAUUGAGGCGAAUAAAGUGGUUUGCUAUGCUCACCCUGAUGCGCCCCUUAUCGAGGAUUACAGAGCGGGUGAUAUGAUAUGUUCUGAAUGCGGUUUGGUGGUCGGAGACAGAGUCAUAGACGUCGGUUCGGAGUGGCGUACUUUUAGCAAUGAGAAGUCUGGAGUAGAUCCGUCUCGUGUUGGUGGUCCUGAAAACCCACUUUUAUCUGGAGGUGAUUUGUCAACUAUCAUUGGGCCAGGACGAGGAGAUGCAUCAUUUGACAGCUUUGGAGUUUCCAAAUAUCAAAAUAGAAGAAACAUAAGCAGCACAGAUAGAGCCUUAAUCAAUGCAUUCCGAGAAAUCAACACAAUGGCGGAUAGAAUUAAUCUUCCAAAAACUAUUGUGGACAGAGCAAACAAUCUUUUUAAACAGGUUCACGACGGUAAAAACUUGAAGGGUCGUGCCAAUGAUGCUAUAGCUUCAGCUUGCCUCUACAUUGCUUGUCGUCAAGAAGGUGUGCCACGUACAUUUAAAGAGAUCUGUGCCGUCAGCAAGAUAAGUAAAAAAGAAAUAGGAAGGUGUUUCAAAUUGAUUCUGAAAGCACUGGAGACUUCAGUUGAUCUCAUUACAACAGCAGAUUUUAUGUCUCGGUUUUGCUCGAAUUUGGGUCUGCCAAAUUCAGUGCAACGCGCAGCUACACAUAUCGCAAGGAAAGCUGGAGAGCUGGACAUAGUGUCUGGAAGAAGUCCUAUUUCAGUUGCUGCAGCUGCCAUUUAUAUGGCUUCACAGGCAUCAGAAGACAAACGCAGUCAGAAAGAGAUCGGCGAUAUUGCUGGUGUUGCGGACGUUACGAUCCGACAGUCUUACAAAUUGAUGUAUCCAUCCGCAGCAAGACUGUUCCCUGAAGAUUUCAAAUUCGCAACUCCUAUUGAAUUCCUACCACAGAUGUAGACUACAUGUUUUUGUACUAUUAGAAUUGCUUUAAAAUGUAUGUGAGCAGUCUGAAAAAUCUUGUAAGUUUUCUUAAUGUUAUAGUUUGUUAAUAUGUCCUAACUGGAUGACUCUUCUUGAGAAGAAUUCUCAUAAAGAUAUGCCCCCUUAAAUAAGUAUGUUAUUCACAUAUUUUAUACUGAUCAGUUAGAUCACUAAUGAUACUGUCAUAAUAUGAAUAAUAAUAUGUCAUACUCAUCCUUGUCUACCUUCUUAAUGAGGUAAUUCAGUGUAUUGAUUACAGGAGUAUAUAUACCGAUAAUGAGUGAUACAAAUACUAUUCCAACAUUGGCUGCAGAACUGCAAAGAUAUUUUCUAGAAUUCGAGCUAAUAAGAAUUAAUUAAAUAACAUUGGUGCUUUUGUACAUUACAAUAUUUAGUUAGCAAUGUCCUGACUACUGCGUUUUUACAUAACUAUUGAUUAAUUUUAAAAAGUGAUAUAUAACUCAACUCACCAUGCACUUUUGCAGCCCCCUUCAUAUUAGAAAACUAUUAUUUCUUCAAUAAAAUAUAAGUAGUUUUUGUUUAUUCUAAGGACUCAAACUCAUAUAGAGGGCUGAACGGCUAUUUGUUUUAAGGGACAUUUCGCUUAAUACCCGACAUUUACCUAUGUAAUUAAAGAUCCGUUUUAUUUGGUAUUGGCAUCAUCAACAAUUCGAUGUUUUAGAACUUUAAUUUAGUUUACUCCAUUCAAAUAGCCGAAGACGUUUUUUUGUUAUGAUAUUUUUUCCAAAUUUUAAACGUUAAGUGGCUCUCCUGUAAAAUUGCAAAUAUGUCGCUUAAACCACAUAGCUUUUCACCCCUCAAUCGUGUUUUCAAGCUUGUAAAUUCCAAGAGCAUAAGGUGUCAUGAAAACUUGGAAAAAAAUUAUCAUCAUAACUUACCAACUUCAAAUGUUCAGUAUAAUCUAUGAGGCGAAUGUCUAUAAAUUUUUUGGUUUACAAAUAAUACCGUUGCGUUAUUUCGAAUUUUGGAAAUCGUUUAUUAGUAAUUGUGAAUGCAAAAAUGAGCAUGUGAUAAGUAAAGAAUAGGGUAAGCGUAUAUUAUGUAGUGUGAAUGUGGAAUAGAUGUAACGCCAUUACCAGUUUAGGAGUUGAACUGGGUACAGAUCGCACAAACAUUUGAUUGUACAUUCUGUGGAAAAUUAAUACCAAGCAUAGCUCAGAGAAUAAGAAAAUACAGAUUACAAUAGACCAACAAACUAAAAGUAAUAACAUGUGAGUGAACAAUGGAUGAUCUUAUCGCAAACUCCUUUCAUGCAGUUCGCAGCCAUAAAAAAUGUCACAACUAAAUAAUAAUAUCAUUAAUAAUUACUCACCCACAAAGUUGUAAUUUUCGUAAUUGAUAAUUUCUUCAAAAAAUUUAAAUUCAAUUAUAGAAAGUUUUUUUUUUUUUAAACCAACAAGUACUUAGGCAAUUGUUGAUUUGGCUUUAAAGUAAAGAAAAAUAAUGUACCGCUUUAUUUUGUUCAUUUAAUGUACAAAAUUGAGGGUAGCCAACAAAAGUUCCUUAGGAUUGUAUGUAUGUAAGGCCAAGAUUUUGGGACAUGAAACGGAAUAAAUACUAUAAUACUAUAAUUAUACAUAUAAUAUAAAGUAUUCUAUUAAUGUAAAUGUAUGUAUAUUUUUAAUCUUGUUAUAAUAUCAAGGAUGCCUGCGUAUUAUUAUUGUUAUCGAUGUAAAACUAGUUUUUAAGAAUAUAAUUUUCGAUAGAAGUUUUUGAAGCGGUGUUUUUGAAGACAGCACGUUUUGUUAUUCCACUUGACAGGGUUAGUUAAUAUUUAGCUCUGUAAAUUUAAUACCCGUUUCCACUAUGUCAGUUUUGCCGUCUCACAUGGCUGUGAUCGGUUUCUGGCUGAUCAAUUUGAAUCUGAAGUUUGGAUCUAAAGAAAACAGUGCUUUGUAAGUUGAUCGAAUAUUUUGUCACUGCAGAGCCGAUCGGAAUACCAGGCCGGCAAUGGAACUUGAACAAUUAAACACGUGUCAACGACCUCGCUGUUUAUGUUGAUUUCAUUAACACUACAUCGUUCUCACUUCACUUAGUAUACCGGCAUUGUCAAACCAAAAUCUGCUAUGUGCAGUUUUUGAGAUUUUUACUUUUUGACCUUUUCGUAUAGUUCACAGCCCUAUCUACCGUAUAAAAAAAAACUGUUAUGUGUCUAUAGCUUUAAUAUUUUUCUGUAGCUUUCAUUUGAUAUAGUUAAAAAAUCAUCUUCAUAUAAAACUUUUACAAAAUGUUUUUACUCGUUAAUUCAAAAUAGAGUUUUUGCACGUAGCAGAUUUUGGUUUGACAGCGACGUACUUUGUAACUGCGGAAGUCAUAUUAAACCCUAAUGGUAUACUAGCGCCAUUGCUUGGUCCUUUAAGCCUGAUACUUUGAUCUUCAUUACUUACCUCAAUCUUCCAUACUUCGGCUUCGUUCUGUACCGAGACGUCGUACCACAAUUAUAUUUUCAGUUAUUAAAGAUUAAAGUUAGAACUUAGGUAGUUAACCGACCAGCAAUGGACAGGAUACGGCAAUGGAAUAGUUUAGUGUCAUGUAACAAUAGUAUUACAUAAAAUAUUGAUCAUAUUUUUUCUUCUAUGGAGCUUAGAACAUAUUUAUGUAACUUCAAUUAGGGUCGCCGGGACGAUCAAACAGAUUCAGAAACAAAAUUAUUUCAUUAUUAUGGCGUACUUAUCGCUACUCAGAUGGGGUCUUAUCUGAUUCCGCGCGAAAUUUAAAUUUAAUCGUGUUCCAAAAAAAGAUUAGUUAUUUUUUUAUUUCGGUGAUUUUUUUUAAUCAAUCUUGUUAGCAAUCACGAAAUAUACUACUGCAUGUAUCACAGACAAUUAUUUGAACUUUUUUUUUUUCAUUUAGUCUUCUCCGGAAUUUGUUUCAUGUUUAUUGACGGCUGUAACUUUGACAUUUUUCGUUUCUAAGUUUACUACUUUAAUGACAAAUGACUUGAGGUUUAAAUGAUUUGAAAAAGGAAAAUUUAUCUGUUGACGAACGAAAAGAGGUUUGUUUCUGCUUCGUAAUUUAUACGAAACGUUUGCUUUUAAGGUAAAGUUUUACUUUGUGAUUUUUCUUUAUAGCUUAAGGCGACGACGUAUUAAUAAACUUAAUGUAAACGUUUUUUUUUUUGUAAAAAUACCAAUAAAGUAUGUUUAAUUUAAGCAUAA